AUGGGUCUGGGUCUCAAGGAAGAUUCACGGCUGCCUGGGGAUCUGGAUGGGAAGAAGGAGGGCCGCUUUGGUCAGUCCAGGCACCCCUCCACCAUACCAGGUGCAGGAGAAGACGACUUAGCUCACCUGGCACUUCUCCGGAAGACAAGCAUAAACGCCCAGCGGCUCCGAGGCAGUGAACGCAGGUAUCGGCAAAAGUUCCCAGGCCGUAGCACACCACAUUUCACAGGGAAGUGCCUCGUGGCCAGCGGGAUCUUACGCCGAUGUGGUCAGCGCGUGCACUUUGACCGCUGGAACUGGGACCAGAAGCGGCAACAGGCUUCAACACUCAGUCCUGUUGCCCUUCUGUCCCGGUCCAGGGGUCAAAGUGCACACUCUGACCACAUCUGGGGUAAUGAUCUUUCAGAAACCAUCACCCAGUGUCUUAGAAAACAGCUGGAGCAGCUGCAGGGCCUAACAGAAGCCCUCGGAAGGCUGUGUCUCAGCUCAUCACCUGAUGGGUCUGGCGAGCCCCUGGCCACGAGCACUUGCCCUGUGAAAUGUGUGUGCUACGGCCUGGGGAACUUUGCCUCCUGCGUCACUGCUCGGAGCCAGCUGGCGUUUAUGCUUGUCUUCCUGGAGAAGUGCCAGAUCCCCAGGAGCCGCUGCUGGGUCUAUGACCCUCUGUUCAGCCAAGCUGAAGUUUCAGUACUCGCUUCCCUCGGGGUGACUGUUCUCAGUGAGAAUGAGGAAGGCAAGCACAGUAUCCAAGGCCAGCCCACUGUCUUCUACAUGCCACACUGUGGUACAGCUCUGUACAACAAUCUGCUGUGGAGCAACUGGUCCAUAGAUGCACUUUCCAGGAUAGUCAUCAUUGGCAACAGUUUCCAAGGCCUCGAGGAAAGGUUGUUGGCGAGGAUUCUGCAGAAAAAUUAUGCCUACAUUGAGAAGGUAUCUUGGCGGAGUAGCCAGGGAGAGGGUGGGGAUGAAAAGCCACACUCCCCGUUGAUGUUUCUGAGCAUAAUGUACUGGCAGGGGCUUCCCUGGAACCAGUCAGUGCCCAAUUCCCUUCAUUCUCGGGGUGAGUCCAGCAUUCCAUUGCCUUUGGGACUGAAAAGCAUUGAAAUACAAAUCCCCAUUGCGUAGUUUCAAAAGGACAAUAGGGUGGCCACCGAAGGGAAAGGUAUGGCAAGAGAGCAGGGUCAUGCCUAAUGCCUGUGUCUGGACCUCUGCUCAGAUUCUGAAAAGCCUGGAGGAGCUCCCACUGCCUCAGACUC